UCUCUCUUUGAUUUUGAUCAAAACAUGAACCAACACAGAGAUCACUACCUCUUCUUUACUGCUGCUCUAAUCUUUGUCUUCCUCCUACUCCUCCUUUCAUGUCAUGCAGCUCAAGAAAAUGAGGUGGAAGAUGAGAGGGAAUUCGAUUACACUCCAGGGAGUGAGAAAGGACCAGAACGCUGGGGAGAGCUUAAUAAAGACUGGGCUUCAUGCAACUCUGGGAAUUUGCAGUCUCCCAUUGAUUUGUCUAAUCGAAGAGUUAAGGUUAUCAGAAAGUCUUUACGACUCAAGAAGAACUACAAGCCUUUUUCUUCUGUACUCAAGAAUCGAGGCCAUGAUAUUUCGCUUCAGUGGGAGGCACACAACGCUGGAUCAAUAGAGAUAAAUGGGAAUGAAUACUUUCUGCAACAAUGCCAUUGGCACUCUCCUUCUGAACACUCCAUCAAUGGCAGGAGGUAUGACAUGGAGCUUCAUAUGGUCCAUGUAAACACCGACCCAAAUGUGAAAUACAACAUUACUGUAAUUGGUCAAUUAUACAAGAUUGGUCCACCAGAUGUUUUCCUCUCCAAGUUGCUGAGAGAGAUUAGUUCAAUGAGUGAUCAGAAACAAGAGAGAGAGAUGGGAGUGAUAGAUCCAAGGAAGAUCAAAAUGGGUGGCAAGAAAUAUUACAGAUAUUUAGGUUCCCUCACUGUUCCUCCUUGCACUGAAGCUGUUAUUUGGACCAUAAACAGCAAGAUAAGGACUGUAUCAGAAGACCAAGUUAAAGCUCUCAGAGAGGCUGUCCAUGAUCAUGCAGAGAGAAAUGCAAGACCAGUUCAACCAAUCAACAAACGAGAGAUCAAGCUCUUUGGAGCAGAGGGAUAAUUACCUCCCAUGCAUGGAAGCAGUGCUAAGUACUACCUUCAUUCCACAAUGAUUGUUGUUUUAGAGAUUUUUUUUAUAUUUCAAAUUAUGUGUCUGAAUUUCAAGAAAAUAUUAAUUUUUAUUUUCCA